UUUUCCUUCAUCUAGUCCUCCUGGGAAUUCCAUUAGGUGGUGGUGGCUACAGUGUAUGCUUUUGGACCCAAACUUAACAUCUCAAAUGUGGAACCCUAGGCCUUCAUUGGUUUUUGGAAGAAGUUGACUGCCUAGAAGAAAAUUACAAAACAUGAAAAUCACUUUGAGGUGACCAGCAAGUCCAGUGGUCUCUCGCAUCUCCCAAGCUGGAUCGUGGCUUGAGGACUAUAACUUCAGAUGUGGGAACUUGGGCCCAGAGGGAGGGAGUAACAGCCCCAGUCCUAGCCUGUGGAGCUUGGAGCCCUUGGCUACCCAGAGAGCACCCACUCUUCAACCAGGGUUUGGCGUUAGAGUCCCUUGCAAGAGCCUCCUUCCAAUGGCAGACCAGAGAAUGGACAUUUCUUCAACAAUCAGUGACUUCAUGUCUCCGGGCCCCACUGACCUGCUCUCCAGCUCCCUGGGCACAAGUGGUGUGGACUGCAACCGCAAAAGGAAAGGCAGCUCCACCGACUACCAAGAAAGUAUGGACACAGACAAAGACGAUCCUCACGGAAGGUUAGAAUACACAGAACACCAAGGAAGGAUCAAGAAUGCAAGGGAAGCUCACAGUCAGAUUGAAAAGAGACGUCGGGAUAAAAUGAACAGUUUCAUCGAUGAAUUGGCAUCUUUGGUCCCAACAUGCAACGCCAUGUCCAGGAAACUGGAUAAACUCACCGUGCUAAGGAUGGCUGUUCAGCACAUGAAAACGUUGCGAGGUGCCACCAACCCAUACACAGAAGCCAACUACAAGCCGACCUUUCUGUCAGACGACGAACUGAAACACCUCAUUCUCAGGGCAGCAGAUGGAUUUUUGUUUGUCGUAGGAUGUGACCGAGGGAAAAUACUCUUUGUAUCCGAGUCUGUCUUCAAGAUCCUCAACUACAGCCAGAAUGAUCUGAUUGGGCAGAGCUUGUUUGACUACCUGCAUCCUAAAGAUAUAGCCAAAGUCAAAGAGCAGCUGUCCUCCUCAGACACUGCGCCCCGGGAGAGGCUCAUCGAUGCAAAAACUGGACUUCCGGUUAAAACAGAUAUAACCCCUGGGCCGUCUCGAUUGUGUUCUGGAGCACGUCGUUCUUUCUUCUGUAGGAUGAAGUGUAACAGGCCUUCAGUAAAGGUUGAAGACAAGGACUUUCCCUCUACCUGCUCAAAGAAAAAAGCAGAUCGAAAAAGCUUCUGUACGAUCCACAGCACAGGCUACUUGAAAAGUUGGCCGCCCACAAAGAUGGGGCUGGACGAGGACAACGAGGCGGACAGCGAAGGCUGUAACCUCAGCUGCCUUGUUGCGAUCGGGCGGCUGCAUUCACAUGUGGUGCCACAACCGGCCGGCGGCGACAUCAGGGUGAAAUCCACGGAGUACGUUUCCCGGCACGCGAUAGAUGGGAAGUUCGUUUUUGUAGACCAGAGGGCAACAGCUAUUUUGGCGUAUUUGCCGCAGGAACUUCUAGGUACGUCGUGUUACGAGUAUUUUCAUCAAGAUGACAUAGGACAUCUUGCAGAGUGCCACAGGCAAGUUUUACAGACCAGAGAAAAGAUUACAACUAACUGCUAUAAGUUUAAGAUCAAAGAUGGUUCUUUCAUCACACUAAGAAGUCGAUGGUUCAGUUUCAUGAACCCGUGGACCAAGGAAGUAGAAUACAUUGUCUCAACCAACACCGUUGUUCUAGCCAACGUCCUGGAAGGCGGGGACCCAACCUUCCCACAGCUCACAGCAUCUCCCCACAGCAUGGACAGCAUGCUGCCCUCUGGAGAAGGCGGCCCAAAGAAGACCCAUCCCACUGUUCCAGGGAUUCCGGGGGGAACCAGGGCCGGGGCAGGAAAAAUAGGUCGAAUGAUUGCAGAGGAAAUCAUGGAAAUCCACAGGAUAAGAGGGUCAUCACCUUCCAGCUGUGGUUCCAGCCCACUGAACAUCACAAGUACGCCUCCCCCUGACGCCUCUUCUCCGGGAGGCAAGAAGAUUCUCAAUGGAGGGACUCCUGACAUUCCUUCCAGUGGCCUACUACCAGGGCAGGCACAGGAGAACCCAGGCUAUCCAUAUUCUGACAGCUCUUCUAUCCUUGGUGAGAACCCCCACAUAAGCAUCGAUAUGAUAGACAAUGAUCAAGGAUCAAGUAGUCCCAGUAACGAUGAAGCAGCGAUGGCUGUCAUCAUGAGCCUCCUGGAAGCUGAUGCUGGGCUGGGUGGUCCUGUUGACUUUAGCGACUUGCCAUGGCCGCUGUAGACACUACAUGUUGCUUUGGCAACAGCUGCAGUAUCAAAGUGCAUUACUGGUGAAGUUUUACAGCCUGUGAAGCUUACUGGAUAGGGAGAGAACAGCUUUUAUGCACUGACUUCAUAAAAGCCAUCUCAGAGCCAUUGAUACAAGUCAAUCUACCAUGUGUAACUUCAGACAAAAUGGAACUAAGCCUGCUUCAGUGUCUUCAUCAUUGAUUUUGGGCUAGCUGUGGAUAGCUUGCAUUAAUUGUAUAUUUUGGAUUCUGUUUAUGUUUAAUUUUUUAAUCAUUGUGCACAGAAGCAUCAUUGGUAGCUUUUAUAUGCAAAAUGGUCAUUUCAGAUGUAUGGUGUUUUUACACUACAAAGAAGUCCCCCAUGUGGAUAUUUCUUAUACUAAUUGUAUCAUAAAGCCGUUUAUUCUUCCUUGUAAGAAUCCUUUACUAUAAAUAUGGGUUAAAGUAUAAUGUAUUAGACAGUUAAAUAUUUUUAAUAAAUGUUUCCCUUGUUCUAUAAGUACUGUUCCCAUUUCAAAUAAUUAGGGGGCAAAAAUCCCUACAUGCUACAAAGCCAGCUCAUCCAUUUCAAUUGCUGGGUGUUAAAGCAUGAGCCAUGCUAUUAUUUUUACAAUACUUUUUUUUUUAAUCUCAUAAUAAUAGUUUCUUCCAUACUUUGGUGUAUUGAAAAAAAAAGUUAAUUCCCAAAUUGUAGUUAUUUCAAUUAUAUGAGAGCAAAGAUGCUACUACUUAGACAAUUUCAAAUCCGCUGAACCUACAAUUUAGGAUUACAAACUGGCUUCUCCACCCCAUCCCCCUAUACUACUUACAGAUACAUGGCUACAAACAUUUAGGUAACCUCAGACCCAAAACAUUUAAAUAUUUAUGAUUCUCUGUUGUAGACCAUCAAAUAUUUAGAAUAGUAUUUGCAUAAAUAAUUCACUACACAGAGUAGCAAAAACUAAUGGAAAAAGUAUUGAACUAGUAUCAAACUAGCUCUGAAACUUAAGUGCCUCAUCUCAAAUAUACUAAAUUAAGGACUUCUUGGGCCACACUUUCUAGUUAUGUGAACACAGCAUAGAAUCUACUAAUUAUGAGAAUAAAACCCUAGUCAAGAUGGUUAUAAAGUUGGUCAGAAAUGUUAAAACAAUGGAAUUUUAUUUUGAUGAAAAACUGGAGUUUACAAUCAUUUAGUAAAUGAAGGGCAAACAGUUCAUUUUCUAUUCCAUAACUCUUUAAGAAAUAAAAAGCAUUAGUAAAUAAAUAUCUGUGAACAGAUUAAGGGUAAGGCAGACUGGACAAAUAAACCACCUCUGAUGUUCACACUCCCUGCAUGUGACUCACUCUGAAAGGGUGAAACAGCUCUGGAGAUAAGCGAACCAAGACAUUAGGAACAUCAAAUCUCAUACUAACUGUUCAAAUAAACCCAAGAUAAAUACUAUUUGUUCAUCAUGGGCAAAAUAUACAUAUUUUACUCAAGGAAUACUCUGAUAGAAGCACUUAAGUUAUAUUGUACAUCACAACUCUAAAAUGGCUUGAACAGUUCCAUUUAACUGCCGUUUAUAAAGUGCAACUAUAUAAUAUUCUGCAUUUUAUCUGGGGCAUGAUGAUGUACUAUCAAUCUACAUUGAAAGUACCCCAGCUGCCAAUUUCCACCACUUCUGAAAAGGC